GUAGUGUAGCACGGGAGCGAGCACGAGAAAGCGGCUGUUGCUAACUGAGAGAAACAGUGGAAUCGCAAUAACGGCCUCCGCUCGUAACAAUCACCGCUAAUUAAUCACAAUUCAGACGCGACGACGAAAAGGGAGCAGGCACUUGACUUAUUUCAGAGCCCAAGAUGGAGUGGCAGCCGGACGAACAGGGACUCCAGCAGGUCCUCCAGCUCCUGAAGGACUCGCAGUCUCCAAACACGGCCACGCAGAGAGCGGUGCAACAAAAACUGGAACAGCUCAACCAGUAUCCCGACUUCAACAACUAUCUCAUUUUUGUCCUCACAAGGCUGAAAACUGAAGGUAGAGACGAGCCCACUCGCUCUCUCAGCGGUCUGAUUCUGAAGAACAAUGUGAAGGCGCACUACCAGAACUUCCCCCCGGCUGUGGCCGACUUCAUCAAGCAGGAGUGUCUGAACAACAUCGGGGAUCCAUCCCCCCUCAUCCGCGCCACCAUCGGUAUCCUAAUCACAACCAUCGCCUCCAAAGGGGAGCUGCAGACGUGGCCGGAGCUGCUGCCUCAGCUCUGCAACCUGCUCAACUCUGAGGACUACAACACCUGUGAGGGCUCCUUCGGCGCCCUGCAGAAGAUCUGCGAGGACUCCUCCGAGCUCCUGGACAGCGACGCACUCAACCGCCCCCUCAACAUCAUGAUCCCCAAAUUCCUGCAGUUCUUCAAGCACUGCAGCCCCAAGAUCAGAUCUCAUGCCAUCGCCUGUGUGAACCAGUUCAUCAUCGGCAGGGCGCAGGCCCUGAUGGACAACAUCGACACCUUCAUCGAGAGCCUGUUUGCGCUGGCUGCAGACGAGGACUCGGAGGUGAGGAAGAACGUGUGCCGUGCGCUGGUCAUGCUGCUGGAGGUUCGGAUCGACAGGCUCAUCCCGCACAUGCACAGCAUCAUCCAGUACAUGCUGCAGCGCACGCAGGAUCCCGAUGAGAACGUGGCUCUGGAGGCCUGUGAGUUCUGGCUCACCCUGGCAGAGCAGCCCAUCUGCAAGGAGGUUCUGUCAGGACACCUGGUGCAGCUCAUUCCUAUCCUGGUGAAUGGAAUGAAGUACUCUGAGAUUGACAUCAUCUUGUUAAAGGGUGAUGUGGAGGAGGACGAGGCAGUGCCGGACAGCGAGCAGGACAUCAAGCCGCGCUUCCACAAGUCCCGCACAGUCACCCUGCAGCACGAAGGCGGCGGGGGAGAGGAGGGGGAGGACAUCGACGAGGACGAGGAUGACGAUGACGACACGCUGUCCGACUGGAACCUGCGUAAGUGCUCGGCAGCCGCCCUGGACGUCUUGGCCAACGUGUUUCGGGAUGAGCUCCUGCCCCACCUGCUCCCCCUGCUGAAGGGGCUACUCUUCCACCCCGACUGGGUCAUCAAGGAGUCCGGGAUCCUGGUGCUGGGUGCCAUCGCUGAGGGCUGCAUGCAGGGCAUGGUGCCCUACCUCCCGGAGCUCAUCCCCCACCUCAUCCAGUGCCUGUGUGAUAAGAAGGCGCUGGUGCGCUCCAUCGCCUGCUGGACGCUCAGCCGCUACGCCCACUGGGUGGUCAGCCAGCCGCCCGACUCCCACCUCAAGCCCCUGAUGACCGAGCUGCUUAAGAGGAUCCUGGACGGGAACAAGAGGGUGCAGGAGGCCGCCUGCAGUGCGUUUGCCACCCUGGAGGAGGAGGCCUGCACGGAGCUGGUCCCGUACCUCAGCUUCAUCCUGGACACGCUGGUGUUCGCCUUCGGGAAGUACCAGCACAAGAACCUGCUCAUCCUGUACGAUGCCAUUGGCACGCUGGCCGACUCCGUGGGACACCACCUCAACCAGCCGGAAUACAUCCAGAAACUGAUGCCCCCUCUCAUUCAGAAAUGGAAUGAACUGAAGGAUGAGGACAAGGACCUGUUCCCUUUGCUGGAGUGCCUGUCCUCGGUGGCCACGGCCCUGCAGAGCGGCUUCCUGCCUUACUGUGAGCCUGUGUACCAGCGCUGCGUGACGCUGGUGCAGAAGACCCUGGCACAGGCCAUGAUGUACAACCAGCACCCCGACCAGUACGAGGCCCCCGACAAGGACUUCAUGAUCGUGGCCCUGGACCUGCUGAGUGGACUGGCCGAGGGGCUGGGGGGCCAUGUGGACCAGCUGGUCGCCCGCAGCAACAUCAUGACCCUGCUCUUCCAGUGCAUGCAGGACACCAUGCCAGAGGUGAGGCAGAGCUCGUUUGCACUGCUGGGAGAUCUGACCAAGGCCUGCUUCCCUCACGUCAAGCCCUGCAUUGCGGAGUUCAUGCCCAUCCUGGGCACCAACCUUAACCCGGAGUUCAUCUCCGUGUGCAACAACGCCACCUGGGCCAUCGGAGAGAUCUCCAUGCAGAUGGGAGCGGAGAUGCAGCCCUAUAUUGGGCUUGUGCUUAGCAACCUGGUGGAGAUCAUUAACAGACCCAACACACCCAAAACCCUACUGGAAAACACAGCCAUUACGAUUGGACGGCUGGGCUACGUGUGUCCACAGGAGGUGGCUCCCAUGCUGCCGCAGUUUAUCCGGCCCUGGUGUACAUCAUUAAGGAACAUCCGAGACAAUGAGGAGAAGGACUCCGCCUUCCGUGGAAUCUGCAUGAUGAUCGGGGUCAACCCUGGGGGGGUGGUGCAGGACUUCAUCUUCUUCUGCGAUGCUGUGGCCUCCUGGGUCAGCCCCAAGGACGACCUGAGAGACAUGUUCUACAAGAUCCUCCACGGCUUCAAGGACCAGGUCGGGGAGGAAAACUGGCAGCAGUUCUCAGAGCAGUUCCCCCCCUUGCUGAAAGAGAGGCUGUCGGCCUGCUACGGGGUGUAGUCCCCUCGUUACCCCUGGACGGGACACCGUGUCAGGUGUAUCUAUGGGAGGGUUACUGGGAAACUCAUCCAGCUCUAUGUAUUGCACUGCCCUGAUCAUGGGGGAGAGGGACGCCAUUGGCCCGCCCCUCUGGACACGCCCC